AUGUCAUCAGUGCCAAAUUCACGGUCACCUAAUUCAUUCACCUCCUUCAGAGUUAAACCCAUGGCCGCUCCUUGGCCCUUUGUUGCAUGGGGAAUAGAUGUCAUCGGACCAAUUGAGCCAAAAGCUUCUAAUGGACAUCAAUUCAUUUUGGUCGCAAUUGAUUACUUUACCAAAUGUGUGGAUGCAAUCACUUUCAAGGCAGUCACUAAGAAGGUGGUUGUGGAUUUUGUGCAUUCAAAUAUCAUUUGCCGUUUUGGUAUCCCAAGAACUAUCAUCACAGAUAAUGCUGCAAACCUUAAUAGAAAUUUGAUGAAGGAGGUAUAUGAGCAAUUCAAAAUUGUGCAUCACAAUUCUACUCCAUACCGACCAAAAGCCAAUGGAGCUGUGGAGGCUUCCAAAAUGAAUAUCAAAAAGAUUCUCAGGAGGAUGGUUCAAGGCACCAAACAAUGGCAUGAGAAGCUGCAUUUUGCACUUUUGGGAUAUAACACAACAAUGCGCACUUCGAUUGGUGCAACUCCUUAUUUGCUGGUGUAUGAGACUAAGACUGUGAUACCCGUGGAAGUCAAAAUUUCAUCUCUUUGA